UGGCCUGAAAAUGCAGGCGGCCAUAUUAUAUUAGCAAACACUCUCACGCACUAGCAGCAGUUUGUUUAUGCUGUGAAGUGCAGCUGUAUUUUUUAACCGAACUAUCUCAGUUUAGCUCAAGCGGUAAAGUCACGAUGAGCGGCGGCACGCCGUAUAUCGGCAGUAAGAUCAGUUUGAUCAGUAAGGCGGAGAUCCGUUAUGAAGGCAUUCUCUACACCAUCGACACAGAGAACUCCACCGUCGCGCUCGCCAAAGUGCGCUCCUUUGGCACAGAGGACCGACCCACGGAUCGCCCCAUCGCACCCAGGGAUGAGACGUUUGAGUAUAUUAUAUUUAGAGGAAGUGACAUCAAAGAUCUGACUGUGUGUGAACCACCUAAACCGACAUGCUCUCUGCCUCAGGACCCCGCUAUCGUUCAGUCAUCUAUGGGAUCUUCCACUGCCCCACCAUCAUCCUUCCAGUCUGGGAACUCCUACGGGCUGUUCAACCGUCCACAAGUCACACCAUACACCCAGUUCAACCCUAGCCCACUGGUCUCACCGCAGUUUGGCACUGUUGGAGUCGGAAGUACAAUGGGAUUGUUUGGUAGUGACACUGGCAUGUCUGCAGCACUGUCUCAGAGCAGUACUAUUGCCUCUGCUUUCAACAGUGACACUUUGUGUGCAUUCAUAGCAGAAGGUCACACCAGUCCGGCACUGGACGCUCUGCGAAAGAGCCCCCCAGUGGAACCUGCUGCCCCAUCAGCACCUGCAGUCACCACCGCUGCUCCCACAGGCGUGGGUCGCAAAAGCCCAGUGUCAACUCGCGCAGCCUCCACCAAUACGCAGAAGCCUGUGGACCUCACAGAACAGACUAGGGGCACUGAAGUCCCGAAACCAAGCGUACCAGAGUCCAGUCAGUCCAGAGGAGGAAACAGGGACACUUCUAAACGGCUUGCAGCUGGUGGUCCUCCUGCUGCCCGCCGCGGCCGUGGCGGAGGUCAUCGUGGUAGAGGGCGAUUCCCGGUCCGGAGAGAAGGACCCAUGAAGUUUGAGAAAGACUUUGACUUUGAGAGCGCCAAUGCUCAGUUCAACAAAGACGAGAUCGACAAAGAGUUCCAGAGCAAACUCAAGCUGAAAGAUGAGAAGUCCGAUAAGGCUCUGAAUGGUGAGGAUAAGGGUGAUUCAGGAGUUGACACUCAGAACAGCGAAGGAAACGCUGAUGAAGAGGAUCCUCUCGGACCAAACUGCUACUACGAUAAAUCCAAAUCCUUCUUUGACAACAUCUCCUGUGAUGACACAAGGAAGGAGAGGUCUGGAGCGUCUGGAUUCCCCCGAGAGCGGAGGCAGACCUGGGCGGAGGAGCGGAGGAUGAACGCAGAGACGUUUGGCCUCCCGUUACGACGGGGUCGUGGAGGUUACAGAGGGCGUGGCGGCAUGGGCUUCAGAGGGGGCCGGGGCCGUGGAACUGGACGAGGGUCGUUUGGAUCUUACCCUGGUGGAAGUGGCUUUAGAGGAGGAUACAGAGGAAGUCAAGGAGGAAGAGAGUUUGCUGAUUUCGAAUACAGGAAGGAUAACAAAAUCACUGCAUAGUGUUCAGAGGAAGUGGAUCCAGAAGACCUGAUUUGUGUGGGAACUGCAUUUCAGGUCACAUUUUGCUGAGAACGAGGAGAUAAACGUACAUGUUGUAAAUCUGUCACCAGCACUGGGGUUCGACUGCUUGAAACCUGGAUAUUAAUGAAACACCUACUCCAUUUCUUCCUGAGGAGUGGAACAAAUGCUAUUUUUUUUUUAAUUGUUAAUUUGAAAAUAAUAUUUCCUGAUGGUUUCAAAUAUAUUAUGAUUUCCGUGGGCUGCUCACAGCUAACAGAUUAUCUAGAACAAUGUAUCGUGAUGAUUUCGAUCACUGAAUGAGCUUUAUUUUUGACUUGUUUUGCUAUAAAGUAUCUUACAGUGUACUUGGCAUCAAAAUAGACUGCCUGGAACUCAGUUAUACAUUAUCGUAUUUUUCUAAGGUAAUUUCAAUCUUCAACCCCAACAUCACUAUUGCUAUUCCUGUAGUAAAUAGAUUUUAGUUGUUUUUUUUAUAUAUAUAUAUAUAUAUACACACACAUGUAUAAACAUGGUACGUUGGAUUUAGAUUUACAUUCGGAUGCAUCAAUCCCUUCUGUAGUUUCUAGUGAGGUUGCUCAUCAGGGAAAGCGCUUCAGCGUGUCAGUAUUGAUAGUAAAGGCCAUUUUAGAAAUGUAAUCUUUAAGGGAAACGAUUCCUUUUGAAUAUAAAAUAGCACAAUUUAAACUAAAAUGACACGAUAUGGUCAACCGAUACAAAGCGACCUCAGUGAUGUGUUUAUAUAUUCUAUAGAUUUGAUUUAUAUUUGACAAGGUCCACUUUGCAGUAUGUAGCACUUUGUAGCAGACGUUUACUGAUGAGUGAACUCGUCUUUACUAAGAAAUAAUGCUACUCUGUGAGUCUAUGCUGCAGUUUCUUUGACGACGCAUUCUUGCCACUCUUGAGCUUCUACCACUAACAAUUAUAUUCCUGUCAUUCAACAUUCAGAUCAUAUACUCUUCACCUCAUAAAACGUCACGUGAAACUGACUGAGCCAAAAGCUGGCUGGGACGUGUGUGAGAACUUAAUGAUUAUUUGACAGGAUGUUUGAGAGAUUAUUCAGUAGCACUGCUUCCCAGUGGAUGGUUUCUUCUGCUUUCUGUCUUUAAUGUGACUGAAGCUGGACCGUUGAACAGCCAGAAUGUGUUGUGUACUGUAACCCAGACGCUGUUUAGCUUUUCCCCUCUCUCCUCGUUCAGCUACUGUGCUUUAUAGUCACUGACUGCACUAGCAUGAUGUCAUAAUGUCAUGUGACCUCAUGCAGCUUUACCUGACGUGCACAUUGUGAUGUCACAUCCACACCUAUGCAUCACGCAAGUCCGAUUCUGAUCGGAUGCAUUUCAUUUUGCAACCAAAUUUAAUUUUUGGCCUCUGACAGCUUUGCAUUAUUCUCAAAGUGAGUUUUUGCUGUGGAACAAGCGAAAUGAUGCAAAGUCUUUUUUUUUUUUUAUGGAUUUAUCGCUUAAGUUGAAGGUUUGAUAUUUUAACUGGCCAGUUUUUUUCGACUUCAGAUCUGAUUGUGUAGCGUACGGCUGUGACAUCACUGCAAAAAAAUGUUUUUUGUGUAGUUUUGUUAAAUGUUUCUUUAAAUUGUUGGGAUAUUUGGGUUAAGUUGAUAAUGAAACUGUUUUCGGAUUAUAGCAUAAAUUAAAGUCUAAUUUGUAAGACGCAAAACAUUUAGAAUUUUGCAUUUUGAGUGAAAUAUCCUCUUGCACUUUUCAAGCUCUUUAAUUCAGUGAAUAGAUGUUUUAUUUCAAUAAUACACGUUCAUUUCAGUCUGGCAAGUGAAUAUUCAUCUAAAGGACAUGGAAUUGAUUUAAUUAGGGCUUCAUAAUGCAGCCAUUGAUAAUUAACUGGUCAGUAUGAACAAAGAAGGUAUAACCUUUAUCUAGGAACAACAAAUGUCCAUGUUGUCCUAAAAUAUCACUUGUUUAUAUAAUUAUUAGGGGUGUUCUGGUAUUAUUAGUCUGUUCACUUAAUUCCAGAGUUUUCUUAAAAGAGACGGUGUUACAGUGUAAAUUGAAGCUGUGUUUGUUCAGUGUUGGAACAGUGAUACUGGCGUAUAAUCAGGAAAUUGCUGCAUGCAGGUCUUGUCACAAACCACGAUCUUAGGUGAUGCUUGUGAGGCAAGUUCUGGAAAUGUCUUGUGAUGAACACCAAAUCCUUCCAUCAGGGUCGACACACUUUCCUCGUGAACCUUGGCAUGGUAUCUGUUCACAACUACAUGUAAAGAGGUUUUUACUAGAUGCAACAAUAAACUGUUUACUAUC